AUGAAUAAUCCACUCGAGACCAAUUUUGGCAAGGUCCUGGGUUCUUUCAAAGCAAAACUCACACAAGAUGAGUAUGAAGACUUUUGCUUCGCGACAUUGGAUGAUCUAAAACAGACCGUGGUCGAGAUUCAAGCAGAGCAGGGGUCCGCAAGGCGCCUGCAGAAUUUGAGGCGCCUUGAUGCGUUUCUUGAGGCUAUGGAACAGUAUGAUAAAGUUGUCCAGAUAUUUCUGAACGCUGCAGAUCUUCUGGCAUUCAUUUGGGGUCCCGCCAAAUUCAUCUUGAUAACUGCAAGCACAUGGAACGAGUCUUUCAACACGCUGCUGGAUGCGUAUGAAGAGAUUGGGAAUCAUAUUCCGCUUCUGAAGCAAUAUGAGGGCAUCAUCAAACGAAGUCCUGAGUUGCAUAUCGUGCUGGAAUUGAUCUACAAAGAUAUCCUUAAUUUCCAUCAACGAGCAAUCAAGCACUUCAGAACCAAAGUGUGGAAACAGCUGUUCCAUGCUACAUGGAAGACCUUUCGCACUGAUUUCCAAGCCAUUCUGAAAAGUCUCCAGUCUCACAAGAGAUUACUCGACAGCCAAGGAAUUCUGAUUGGAGCUCAAGAAAUCCAAAAAGUCAGAGAGCAGAUCGAGAAUGGAAUUCAAGAAAGUCAAAUAAUCAGAGAACAGAUCGAGAAUGAGCGCCAACAAAGGCAAAAGGACGAAGAGACCCGUCGGAGACGUGAAGUUUCUACUUGGCUUGCAGCAGCAGAUAGUAUUGAAGAUCAAGAAACAGCCACAGAAGCAAGAUCGAAGUACCCUACUUCCGGAGUCUGGAUGGUUCGAGAAAGGCUGGUCACUCGAUGGUGCGAUCUGCAUUCUCAAAGUGAGCCAUGCCUGUGGAUCAAUGGGAAACCCGGCGCUGGAAAAACUGUCCUUGCUUCAGUCCUUGUCGAGAAGUGCAACAGUAUCGCCCAUGCCAACGUGGCAUACUUCUACUGCAGAGCAGAGGACUGCAGCAGGAAUACGUUCAUCGGAGUAUGCAGAAGCCUCAUUUCUCAGCUUGUGCAGCAAAACACUUCGAUUCUGUCAUACGCAUAUGAAAAGUCAUCCUUGAGCGGACAUAGUCAGCUUGAUUCAACAAUCCUUGCGAAGGAAAUGCUAGCUGUGGCUCUCAACGCGUUCGAGAACCUCUUCAUCAUCAUCGACGGGAUCGAUGAAUGUAAAAAGGAUGAGAAGAAACGCAUAUCUGAGGCACUCAUUUCUAUGGCUGAAAGCAGAAUGUUUCAGAAACUGCCGACUUUCCGCAUCACUGAGAAUCACACCAAGGGUGAUGUGCUGGACUACUGUAUUGCAAGGGAGAACACAAUCGCGCAGUAUUUCCAAAUCUCUGCCACUGAGAUCCAACAGCUGAAUAUCUCACACAAGGUUGCAGCAAAAGCGGACGGGAUGUUUCUUUUCGCAAAAUUAGUCAUGGAAAACUUGUUGCAGCAGUGCACCAGGGCGGGCCUGAAGGCCGAAAUUGGGCGUAUUCCCCCCGACCUCGACAAAGCCUACAAUCGUUUGUUGAUUCGGAUCCUCCAAGAUUCUCCUAAACCAGAGCAGCAGAUCGCCAAAAGGCUAUUGUGUUGGUUGCUCUGCACGCAACGGCCACUCAAAUGGCAUGAAAUCCAAGGAGCCAUGGCGAUUGACAUCGAAAACCUCACUUUUGAUUACCAAGAGCGGAGUCUCAUCAAAGAUUCGAAAGCUUUUUGUGGUUCCCUCGUGGAAGUCCGAAAGGGGGGUACCAUAGAGCUUGUGCAUCAAACGGCAAGAAAUUUCCUCAAAAGGCAGGACGAGCUGCAGCUUGACUCGGAAGAAGUCGAUUUCGCGUGUAUUUGUCUCGGAACUCUGACUCUUUCAAGUCAUGAUGACGGCCUUUCUGAAGAUUCAAUCCGUGACUACAUCUUAAAAGGAUACUAUGGCUUCAGCGACUACUCUGUCGUCUCCUGGCAAGAUCCAAAUCCAAAUCUAAAUGCAUCCCUCAACUUCGACAACUCACCACUUGGAAUGGCCAUCCGUUGCAGAGAUGUUGAAAUUUUCGAAGCACUUCUCUCUCGGGCCCCGGACGAUCUUUUCCAGGGAAUAGAUGAGACGAAUGUUCUCCUGGAGUCAUUCAAAUAUCUAUUCUUUGCGCAGACGAUGAAGAAUGGCAACGACGAGAUUGUCACGACCUACCUCAUGAAGCUGAAGAAGAUCGAUACGUUUUUGUUCGCUUCUGCUAUGAGGCUUCAGCCAGAUUGGAACAAGCUUGUUUUGUUUCUGAAUCACGCCGCUAAUGGUGGGGAUACAGCGUUCAAAGACAACGGUAUCUCAUACCUGAAAGUCGCGGUUGAACACCUACAUGAAGAGACCUCACGAUAUCUCUUGUACGAUCUGGGGCUGUGGGAGAAGCUACAAGACAGGCUAAACCGCUCGUUUCUUGCUACCGCGGCAUUCAAUGGACAUGAGGGAUUUCUUCGGAGAAUUCUACUCACAGAAAACGCCGAUACCUUGAUCAACACCUGGGUCCGCACCUUGGCACUCCAUCGAGCCUGCGAUGAGGGUUCUAGCAACAAGGUUGAAACUCUACUUAACGACGAACAAGUCGACCCAAAUAUGCCUGGUGUCUUCGGGUAUACACCGACGGCAAUCGAACUCUCCAACGAGGAACUAUAUCUGUUUCCGGACUCGCAAAAGCGUCUCGAAUAUUAUCUUCUCGCUAAUACGAAUUGGGAUUUGUAUCCUAUCGAUUCAACGAUGCUGAUACGCUUUUGCGCAACCGGGAACCUCAGGCAGGUGCAGAACGCCAUUCGGAAGGCUCCUCAUGACUUGAACGUCCCUGACAGUAGAGGCUGGACGCCUUUCCUGCAUGCUGUCAAAAGCCGAAGGAAUGAGAUCGCCGAAUUCCUGUUGGAAAAGGGCUGCGAUAGCCAAACAUUCGAGGGAUCCGAUCGCGUCUCUCCAUUGAUGAUAGCAGUCGAGCAAGAUGACUUGGCGAUGGUUCGGCUUUUGCUUUCAGAGGCUCGCGUGGACCCAACAUACAAGAACGGCAAAGGGAAAGCAGCCAUCGAUUACCUAGACCCGAACAGCCCAGUGGCAGAGCAGAUCCGAGAUGAGAUCAAAGAUGCAACUGACAUGGCGUCCGUAUUUGGGAAUUUCGAUUCAUAG